AUGAAUAAUUCUCAAAAAAGCAAAUCUGUUCGAUCUGGUUCUGCAAGAGUAAGAUCAGCAAUUGAAAGAGCAGGAUUACUCUAAUAAAGAGAAUAAUUACGUGAGAUGUUAAUAAGCAAAUUUACCAAAGAUUAUGCUUAAGGGAAUAAAAGCAAAGAAGUUCUAAUAUAAUAAAUAGUUAAUGAAUACUUUACAAAUGAACAAGUACCUAGCAUCUACUAAAUUAGGUUACAGAAAACUCUCUAAAGUAAUUGAAAGCAAGAGUAAUUGAGGCUGUUUAAAAAUAAAAGGUUCAAAGUUAAACAUAACAUGUAACCUAGAAUAAUAAUAAUUCUCAUCUUGACAAUAAAAGUGAAUAGAGAUCAUAAAUUCCUAGACCACAAUCAGUUAGAAAUUCAACUAAAUCAGAAGUUGAUCAAGAUUAAUAUUCUGUAACGUCUUCUCAAUUUGAAAAACAACCAAAAUCUGUAUAUGUAGUAGAUGAAGAGGAUGAAUGGGCUGCUUUAGUAAAAUUUGAUACGGAACUAUAUACUAAAGAGUAGCAAUUAGAGUAAUAGAGGUAGGAGGAGUUUAAGAAAAAGAUGAAGUUAGAAUUAGAUAGACAGUUAGAGGAGAAGAAACGAAGAUUAGAAAUGGAAAAGAAACAAGAAGAAGCUUAUGUUAAAUUAAGAGAUUACUAGAUGGGAGUCUAUGAUCAAAGAGAAGAAUAGAAAAAAAGAGAAAUAGCAUAAAAAUAAUAAAUGGAAAAAGAAUAAAGAGAUAGAUAAGUAAGGGAAGAAGAGAAAAGAAAAUUCUUGGAAAAAAAGAAAUAGUCAGAAUUAGAUGCUAUUUUAGUAUAAAGGAUUCAAGAAGAAUUAAAAUAAGAAUAGAGAGAAAUCUUAUAAAAAAAAGAAAUUGAAAAAAGAAAAUUUAUAGAAAUGAUGGAUGAAAAUGAAAAAAAUAGAUAAAAAUAAAUUUAAGAUGAAAUAACAGAUAAAUAAUUAGAAGUUGAUAUGCAAAGGAAGUAUAUCUAGUUACAAUAAAAGCUGGAAGAAGAACGUGAAAUGGAGAAAAAAGAAAGAGAAGACAAAAUAAAAAAGAUAAUGAGUGAUUUUUCAUAGACUGUAGUAAAGAAUUAAAAAGAUUAAAUAAAGUAUAGAAAUGAAUUAAAUAUAGAGCUGAAGAUGAUAAAAUGAUGAAAGCUAUCUUAAUGCAAAAUUAACUUGAAUAGUAAGAUGAAGAGAUGAAAAAAAGAUAAAUAAAAUCAUAAUAAGAGGAAAUGAGAAAAUAUUUAAUAAAAUAAAUGGAGGAUAAGAAGUAUUUAUAUAAUAAUGGCUUUAGAUAGAAACUAAAAGAAGAAGAAGAAUUAAAUAAGAAAUAAGCAUAAGUUUGGCAACAAGAUUUAUAGACAUUCUAAAAGCAUGAGAAAUCUAAAUAUGAUUAUAUAAAGGAUGUGAAUGUGAAACAUUAAGAGAUUUUAAAGUAGUAAAUAGAUGAAAGAAGAUCAUAAUAGAGACCUAGAAAUAAAAUGAAUAAUGAAGAAUUAAUGCAUAAUAAACCUUUGUUAAAGGAAUUGGCAGAUAAAUAAGAUACUAUUAAGGUUAGGAAGAUUAAUAUAGGAUGA